AAUGUGAGUGACUUUCAAAUAUUUCAAAAACUAUUUUAGUUUUAAAACGAAACUGUUUUCUAGAUUUUUGUUUAAAUCAUAAAAAUUUAAAUAAUAAAACAAAUACACAAUGUUUUACUUAUGGAUGACUUUAAUAUUGAUGUACAUAAUGGCCGUUGAGUGCAAACCAAAAAUAAUCCCGUGCUCAAACCAUAACCGGAAACAGGAGGUAAGGGUCACGCCGUGCACUACAAACCCCUGUAUACUAACAAAGGGCACGACCGGCACGUUUGAGGUGGUCUUCGAGGCGCCCGACGAUUCGCAGAGACUGACCGCUCAGAUGUCGGCCAUCAUCGGUGGUCUACGACUGCCGGCCCCGCACUUUGACCGCAACGUCUGCAACGGUUACGGAGUCCAGUGUCCGGUCACUAGAGGUCAAGAAUAUCGCUAUAAGUAUGUGAUGAAAGUGUUGGCCGAAUACCCG